AAGAGAUGGAUAUCAUUCAUAGACUUGUUUGAUAUUGUAAAAUAUGUAAAUCAUCACUUUGGAGCGGAGAAGAUGUCCCCAGAACAAGACUUUUGGAAGUUGGUUCAAGAGUCGGAACAAUUCCAACAACUUAAAGUCAAUGAUAUAAUGGCUUUCCCAUCCAAGGAGAACAAAUUCCAUCCUAUUACAAGUGAAUUCUCUUUAUUCUCUGUAUUGGAGAUUAUGGCCAGGGAUUGCCAUGCUCAUCAUAUUCCCAUUCUUGACAAUAUGAGGAGUCGUCACUUAGUAUCAAUGCUCACACAAUCACAAUUAAUUAGAUUCAUCUACGAGAAUAUAAGUCUACUUGGUACAAAGAAGGACUUGAUGAUCAAGAAUAUGAAGGGAUUGCCAGACACCAGCCAUGUGGUCACCAUUCAGUCGACAGCGAUGGCCAUCGAUGCAUUCAAGUUGAUGGAGGAGAAGAAUAUCACUGGACUGGCAGUAGUGAAUGAGAGUGGAAAUCUGAUCGACACAUUGUCCACCAAGGAUCUCCAGGGUAUGGCGACCGAUGGCUCUCUGUUCUGGAAGCUGUAUCGACCUGUAAAGCAAUUCCUGGACUAUAUCAAGAAUGAUCCAAAGACAGUGAGACCUCAUCAUUGUGUUCAUGUACUUAGAGAUGAGACAUUCGAAACUGCACUCACCAAGAUACAUACCAACCAAGUGCAUCGUAUCUUUGUUGUGGAUUCCAACGAUUCUCGACGUCCAAUUGGAGUGAUUAGUAUGGGAGACCUACUUCUCCAACUGCUU